AUGCAUAGCUACAACAUACACUUUUCUUUGCUCAGUUUACAUUGUUCGCGGCUUGAAGCUGCUUUUCGACUUUUGACGACAGACUGGGUAUCUGUUCACACACUCUUUGCUCUGAUCCUAGAAUCUACCUCUCGACCUGUCUACAAACACAACACGACUGUCGUUUAA